UGCAGCAUGCAUCUAUCUUUACUAACACAGUUCACAUGGCGGAUGAAUGGAGGCAGACGACCACAGGAAUGGCAAACAGCAGUCGGACCUUUUCUGAUGUGAGGAAUGUGAUCCUAUCGGCCCAUAAAAACUCAGGGGCCCAAGAUAAGGUUGGCUUCUAUGAUACCUGGGCUGAAAACUAUGAGCAGGAUGUAGCUCUGCUGGAUUACCGUGCCCCCCUGUUGGCAGCUGAGUGUGUGAGCUCAUUUUUCAGAGGUGACAGAGAGAAGGCCACUGUCCUGGAUGUGGCCUGUGGAACAGGCCUAGUCUCUGCACAUCUGAAGAAAAUGGGGUUUCGUCAUUUUGUCGGAAUAGAUGGAAGUUUGAAGAUGCUGGAGUUGGCAAAGAAAACUGGACUUUAUCAGCAGCUUUCACGAUGCCUGCUCGGUCAAGACGAAAUUCCUGUUAAAUCCGAAACAUAUGAUAUUGUUAUAAUUGUUGGAGCUCUAAGUGUUGGGCAGGUGCCUUUAACAGUCAUCAGAGAACUCUGGGAUGCUACAAAACCAGGUGGCUAUGUGUGCAUGACUACAAGAGGGAACACUGAUAACCGGGAGUACAAGGCUGAGCUGGAGCAAAUGAUCAGGGCACUCGAGGACGAGCAGAAAUGGAGCCGUGUGACUGUAGUUGAGGUGGAGGAGUGGGAGAAGGCCGUUUCAGAACAGGACAGCGGGUACAUUCCUGGAGCCAUUUAUGUGUAUCAAAAAGUUUUUAAAUGCAGUCCAUGAUUUUAGGACCACACAAGGGAAACCAAUGACCAAAUAUGAUCAAUAAUCCAUGCAUGCAGGUAAUCUAAAGAGUUGUUAUUCCACCAGCAGGUGGUGGUAUUUUUUCAGAAAUGAUAGUAAGAUAUAUAUAUAUAUAAUUCCUCCAGAGAAGCAGCUGACAAGAGAAAAGCGCAAACAUGAUCUAAUUGUUUGUUUUGGCACCAAAUUAUUUCUCCUGGCACUGGUACACAGUGCAUCCUUUUGAAAAACGUUAAGGUUUUUGUUCAAGUAAAGACCAUGAACCUAAAGGAUUUUGUGAGAAAAUGUCUAAGGUGUGAGGUUACAAUUCUACCAUUCCCCAGUUACGUCUAACCUUUCGGUUUGCCACUCCUCGAUACUUCCGACCGCUACACUUUUGAAACUGUUGGUUUUGCUGGUGUCAUGUGACAAAAAUAAAUAAAUAAAGCAUACAAACAGAUA